UCUCAUCACGUUGUCUAUUAGCAAAUAAAUAAAUUGUUGACUCAAAAAUUAUAUUGUGAAGUCCAAUGAGUGCCGAAUUUAUUAAUCCUGAAACAAUAAACUCGAGUCUCAACUGGGAAACAAGAAACCCUCAUCUCCAAUCUGUCUGCUAAAUAUGCCGCUAAGCGCAACGAUGGUGGGAGCCUUGCUGGGACUGGGUACCCAGAUGUACUCCAAUGCCCUGCGCAAGCUUCCUUACAUGCGCCAUCCAUGGGAGCAUUUGCUGGGAAUGGGGCUGGGCGCGGUCUUCGCUAAUCAGAUGGUGAAGUGGGAGGCCAAAGCCCAGGAAGAUCUCGACAAGUUACUCCUGAAGGCCAAACAAGCCAAUGAACGCCGCUACUUUGACGAUGACGAAGACUAAAAGCUAGGGGGAACUUGUUGAAGCGCAAUUGCUUUGGGAUUCAUUUGUCAAAGAAUGUAAUAACUGUGCAAAUUCUUGUCCUGGGUUAUAAACAAUUGCUUUGCCUAAUCAUUUUUCCCCUUUUGGAAGGUUUUAGCAUUUCCCUUUCUGUUUGAUUUUACUUCUGGUGCAGCAAUAUUUGUUAAUGACUCGUUUGAGGUGUAUUUGACAAUAAAAUUCCAUUGCUACAAACCGAUUUUGAGAAGGAAUAUAAACAUGCAGAACACAGUUUACUCUUCUA